AUGUUUCUUUACGCUCGACUCGUGCUGGAUUACCUUUCUACAAACGUAUUUUACAAUUACGAAGAGAUCAAAGCGUCUGUUAAUCAGCUGCCGGAUAAGAUUAGUGAUUUGUCAGUUAUCCGCCGUGUGCCCAUUAGGCACGCCAAUACUGAUGGCCCUUCCAGCUACCGACAGAUUUUGACUCAAGUGCUCAUUCAUUUGGAUCAUCGGUCUCUCAAUAGAAUCAAGUGUGUGCUUGGCUGGAUCGCAUUCGCAAAACGCCCAUUGAAAAGACUCGAAUUUUUGUCUGCCGUUACCUUUAGCGCUGGGGAUCCAAAAGUUGCCCAUCUUGCUCCACAAUACAUCCUGGAUAUCUGUGCGCCACUCAUUGAUGAAAGGCAUGAUACGACUUUGACUUUUAUUCACGCCUCGGUAAAAGAAUUUCUCCAGACUCCUACUUGCAGCCUGUCUAUUGAUGAGCAAGCAGCGCGUCAAGAGCAUGGAGUAGCUGUUAUUACUUGUCUUUUUUCCGGAUUGGACAUAUUUGACAAAUCUUACAAUAAAUUUGCGAGAUACCUUCGGGUAGUCAAGGGUGUACAUGGCCUUCACGUUUAUGCUACUGAAUAUUGGACGGAUUAUCUCUUAUCUUCCGCGAAAUACACUAGUGGGCUAGAAGGAGACUCGACAAUGUUUUCCCUAGCUUGUCAAAUGGCAGAAAAGCUCAAUCUCACAGCGGGUACAUCGACGAUCGAACACUUCGAGGCAAAAUCGAGCGUGCAUGAUGAAAUAUUAACAUGUUUGCAGAAAUAUCCAGUUCUCUAUCAGCAGGUCAGAGUGGCUUUAGGUGCCAGAUCGAUCAGGCGGUUAGAACAUGAGCUACUGCAAAUAUCGGCUGUCGAUGGAACUUCGUGUUCUUCGCCUCUUCCGCCUGUCUUAGAUGGUAUAUCAGCAAUGCUCGCAGUGUACCAAGAAACUGUUAGAUCGAUACUGGACCAAAGCGAUCAUCCGGGAAUAUCCGCAGAAGAGCUUGAAUUGUUCAAGAGCCAGUUUCGAACUUCUGCAUUCACCUGUCGGCUCAAAUCAUGUCCUCGAGCUACACUGGGGUUCGAGGAGGAAAAGUCUUGCCUUGAGCAUGAAUUGGCCCAUGUGCAAAAAGUCAGAUGCACUAAUCCAGAUUGCCAUUUUCCGCCUUUUGCAUCGGCGCAGGCUCUGAAAAAUCAUGUUAACAAGCAUCACAACUCCGCUCCCAAACCUAGAUCUAUUCGCGAUAUCCUGACAUCACGAGCAAUAAGAAGCAUUCCAGCCUGUCACAAUGAUGAACGAUACAAAAACAAGCAGAGAAUGCCUGCAAAGGUUAUAUCUCUUCCAUACAACUCCAAGACUAGGGAUGACCGAGUACAGAUAGCGCAUGAAGGCUUACGCGACGUCUCGCUCAGAAAAGGCAGUGCAGAGGGAGGGAAAAGAGCUAGUCACCUUCUUGCGGAUGAUGCCAAUCAGCAGCAGCAUCGACUAGCCCAGCACGAGCGAGUCGGUAAUAGGAUUGGGCGUAUUAAAAGAUCUUUGGGCGAUGAUUCAGACGAAGCCUCAGACGACGACCAGGACGAAGGUUUGAAUGUGAGUUUGUAUAGUAUCAUAACAAACUUCAUGGCACUGCCACACCACCCAUUAUUCCAGACAAUAAGUAUGCCAUCAACGUUCAAAACGUGGCAAGACUUCUGGACAUGGAUGAAUUCAAGCCCGGAAAUUACAAAACAUGUCGAAUCCUUUGCUUAUAUUCAAUAUCGACAAUUCAAGCGAAAACUACAGGUGGAGAAAGUCUUUUCUCCCGGGCAGUCACUUUUUGUGGUGCCGAAACUAGAAAUUGAACACCUUCGAAAAUAUGCACUCUGGCGAAAUGAGUCAGACGACACAAUCGCUAAGGCGAUUAUCCAAACAAAGGGAAUUGUUUGGAAGAAAAUGCAAGAGGAUGAGCUACAGUCGUGGGGCAAAAGUCUGGAAACACCCGCCCUACCGUCCGCAGGAACAAUUUCGUUAUAA